UCCCCUUUAGUCAUAAUCUUUUUUUUCUUUUUUUAAAAAAGCAAGACAGGUUAACGCUGCACUCUCUCUCCUGUACUAGACGCCGGACGGUGCUCAAUGUUCAAGAUCUCUAACUAAACUAUUCAAUCAUCCUACAACCAAUUGCAAGAAUUUUCAGAUAACAAUGAGUGUAAUUGAUCUUCUCACUAGAGUUGAUGCGAUCUGCCAGAAAUACGACAAGUACGAUGUUGAAAAGCAAAGAGAUUCCAAUAUCUCCGGUGACGACGCCUUUGCUCGUCUCUACUCUUCUGUUGAAUCCGACAUUGAAACCGCUCAUCAGAAAGCUGAAUUGGCUGCAAAUGAGUCGAACAGGGCAUCUGUAGUCGCUUUGAAUGCUGAGAUUCGUCGUAUUAAGGCUCGAUUACUCGAGGAAGUCCCUAAAUUGCAGCGAUUGGCUCAGAAAAGGGUGAAAGGCCUUUCAAUUGAGGAGCUUUCUGCUCGUAAUGACUUGGUCCUCGCAUUGCCUGAUAGAAUUCAGUCGAUACCAGAUGGAACUCCUGCACCUAAAAAAAAUGGGGGUUGGACAUCUGGGUGGUCUGCUUCAACUACUCGACAAGAGAUAAAAUUUGAUUCUGAUGGAAGAUUUGAUGAUGAAUAUUUACAAGAGACUGAACAGUCAAGCCAAUUUAGGCAAGAGUAUGAAAUGAGGAAAAUUAAGCAGGAUCAAGGUCUGGAUAUGAUAGCAGAAGGUUUGGACACGUUGAAAAACAUGGCACAUGAUAUGAAUGAGGAAAUAGACAGGCAAGUUCCUUUGAUGGAUGAGAUUGACACCAAGGUAGACAAGGCAACUUCUGAUCUAAAAAACACAAAUGUCAGACUCAAAGAUACUGUGACGCAGCUGAGGUCCAGUCGAAACUUCUGCAUUGAUAUCAUUCUUUUAUGUAUAAUUCUCGGGAUUGCAGCAUAUUUGUACAAUGUGUUGAAGAAAUAAUCGAGAAAGAGGAGCUUUCUGCCAAUUAAAUUUUAUGGUGUUGCGUGUUUGCAGGUGCGAGUUACUGGUGUGCUUUUUUACAGCUCUUUUUUUGUGCCUUUGCUUCUAUGUUUCGAAAACAAAUGUCAGUCUUGCUUAUAAUCACUUGAUGUAUAUCUAUCCUUGUAAGGCUCUAUCUCUAUUGUUAAUAAUUAAUCUGUUCAUUUUAUUUAAGUUUUAAUUAGUCUCUCAUCUUGUGGCUACUUGCAAGAUCAUUGAAAGCUGCUGUAAUUUGUACCUAUUUUGACUAGGACAAAAGAGGUGGAGAGCUAUUGAAAUGUUUGUCAAAA